AUGAGUAAAAAUAACAAAAGGCAAUUUAAACUACCAGGUUCAGUUUUAGCCAAAAUACGAGCGCCAGAUAGUGAGCAAGAUACAUCUAAAGAGCCGUUAACAGCUGUAGAUUUUAAUGAACAGGGAAUGGUUUUCGAAGAAUCAGGAGAUAGAUGGUUCAGUUCAGAUUUAUCGAAGGCAUUGAGGUUUUAUUAUCGUGCUCACGAAAGCUACAAACAAGCGUUAAAAUUGGACCCUCUUUUGAAUGGGGCUUUAUACAACUUACCACGAUUAGAAUUUGAAGUUUACAAUAAAUUUACAAAAGACGAAUCAGUUAUCUCGGAUGACCUCAUCAACUGUGCUGAUGCUUUGAACAGUUGUGGACCAGAAGGCCUUUUCAAGGAUAUCCAAUCUCUAUGCAAAAGUUUUGAAGUAUCGAUAAACAUCUUACACCAGGCUGGUAAGGCAGAAUUCAUCGAGUGGGCUUCCUAUUUUAAUAUGGCGAUGUGCUACUUCGAAUACAUUGAAAACAUGGGAAAUGAUCCGUCUUGCUUACAAAACCUAGGUUUGAAAAAUGAGUUGAUCCUGACAGUACAAAGGUGUAUUUCUCUAUUCGACAAGGUGUUUUGUCAUAUGACCAAUGUCUUGAAUAACAAUGCCAUAGAUGAAACUGUAAAUUUGGAAGCGGCGGCUGUCGUUUGUACUGAAAGUUAUCGUAUGCUGGCUUCCGUAUAUGAAACUUUGUACAAUGCGGACUUGGUCGCUGUGAUGGAUAGUAUUACUAGUGACUUUAUCACAAAGAUUGACUCUUUCGCAUCUACUUUGUCAAUUGAUAUCAUUCCCCCUGACACUUUAACUACUUUGAAAAUAGCAAAAUUGAUGCUUAAUGCUUCGAGACAUCAAGAGUUUGGACAAUUCUUGCAAGUUUGGUCUUCAGAAAAUGAAUUAAAUGACAUUCUAGAAAAACAAUUAUUAGAGGCGUCAUCCAUUCGAUCUUUUCUGGAAAAAUAUGAAACAAAUGAUAUCCAGAUACCCUUGGAAAUAAAAUGGAGUGUUCUAUCUGUAAUGGCCAAUCAAUAUCGAGUCAUCAAUAACAAAUUAAGAGAGGAAAUUACUCUGUUGGAGAACUCGAAGUCUUCUGAAAACGAUGCUUUGAGCAGCAAGAUCUCCUUGCUUUGCUCUGUUUUUAUAGAAAGGGCAGAUAUUGAUCUAGAGAGGUCAUUGAUGGAGACACCUGAUGCAAUGCAACAUAAGAGUAUAUUGUUUAACAACUGUAAGAAUUUCCUCAAAAAUGCACUAAUAUUUUCUAAGAAAUCAGGUGGAUUAAGGGAAUCGAUUAGUGGCAAAAACAUUCGAAAAAAAAAGCAAAGAGAAGCUUUGAUGAGGUUGUGUUUGAUUGAAGGAAAAUCCCAAGACGAAUGGAAUCAAAUUAUCGGAGAGAAGUAUUGGCCCGUUGAAAUUGAAGCUAUUGCAAAUGUGGAUGCUUACAAAAAUUUCUUCAGCUAA